AUGGAUCAACCCGCCGAACCGGAACGUCUCAAUAAGCGAAAAAGAGUAGCUUUGGCUUGCGAUGCCUGCCGUGAGCGUAAGAUACGUUGUGACGGAGCAAAGCCGUGCAGGCCGUGCGAGAAACGAGGCGAACCGGCGCAUGCCUGCCUGUAUACUGUAUCGACUACAGCAAAGCAUGUAAGCGAACAGGAGUAUAUCGCAUCGCUUCAGCGACAGGUACGCGAAUUGCAUGCCACGGUGGAAGACCUAAAGACCUCGCCGUUCCAAGCUCCGCCUCAAAGGGUCUCUGGAAGUCCCAGUACCCGAGAUGCUCAGCGGGAAGAGAUUCCAGUGCAUGCCAUUGUAGAUGUCGAAGGCCCAAGCCCUGUGAGUGCCAUGGGGGCUGUGGCAACAUCACAGAGAGGCCCCUUUGGAGACGAGGAAUUCUAUGGGCAAUCUUCCGUUCAUUCAUUGCUUCAAGAGGUCCCACACGGGGAUCAUCGACGAGGACCAUUGGGAGCGACUUCAAUGCCAUGGCGAUACAAUGGAAAUUUGAUGAUACAAGCACAUUACGCCCUGCCCCCAAGGAACAUCGCAGAUAGGCUUAUCGACCGCUUCUUCCAGAAUGUCCAUAUAUUUUAUCCUUGGUGUCAUUCUGUCAGCUUUCGGGCCAGGUAUGAGUCUCUGUGGACGAAAGAAGGCUACCCUGAGCCAUCGGUACUUCUACAUCGUGAUAUCGGCCUAGGAGGGGAUAGAUGCCCACCUUCCGCAUUCUUCUGCGCACUCAAUGCAAUGUUUGCAUUGGGCUGCGAAUUUAGCGCCGGCUUACCAAACAAGCAGUCAGUCUGUGCGACGUUCGGUGAUCGAAUGAACGAUUUGAUGCAUGUUGAUCUGCUUGAUCAAGCAGGUCUUGGGCAAGUCCAGGCUCUUUUACUUGUCUCGCACUGGCUUCUUACGACAGAGCUACCGACUCGAUGUUACAACGUUGUUGGACUUGCUUGCCGCAUGGCUGUUGGUAUAGGGCUCAACUCAAACCGGCACGCUGGACGUCGCUCUUGCGCUGAGAACGAAAUACGAAGAAGGGUAUGGUUCGGCUGUCUCCAGAUGGAAAUGACUGUAUGUAUGACUCUUGGUCGACGUCCAUUGCUCCAGGUAACGGACGACGUGCCCUUGCCGACCGCCGUUGACGACGAGUUUUUGGAUGUGCAUGGAGAUACCUGCCAACAACCUGACGGAGUGCCAUCCCACAAUCUAUUUACGGUAGAGAACAUCAAACUUGCUAAACUCUUAGGUACAAUACUUGAUACUGUUUACUUCUCGGAUUCGCGAACCACUUCUACUGGGCAAGCCCAUACUGCCAAUGCACAUACGUUGCCCGAUAUUGGCACUCUGAUACGGCUUGACAAUCUUCUUGAAGACUUCAAGUCAAAUCUACCCGAACAAUUAAACUGGGACCGGGAUCCAGAGAGACACCAGCAGGUGGAUUACAUCUAUAGUCGUCAGACCAAUGUUCUCCAUGCACGAUUUCUUCACCUUCGAAUACUGCUAUAUCGCCCAACAUUCAGCUCGUUCGUGGCUUCUAACUUUCUGAACCGGCGUGAACAAGAUCUUUCCCGAGUGCAUGGGCUACUCCGAGCAAAGGGACAUGCUCUUAAUGCUGGAUUACUGGAUCAGUGUGCCAAAACGUGUGUCCAAACUGCCAGUGAACUUGCAACUGUGAUUGAGAAUGCUAUAGUGGCGGGUACUGCCGGUGCCUGGUGGUUCAGUCUCUUUUAUCUCAUUACCUGCGGCGGAAUUUGCAUACUUGCUGAGGGUGCAAAGGUUGGAGCAAGCCCGUUUGAACAAGAUCAACUAGACAAUAUGUGGCAGAGCUGUGUCAGAUCUCUUCAGCAUAUUGGACGAGACCACGGAAGAGUGCAAAGUAAUUUGGAGCACCUCUGUUCCCUCCGAGAACGGGCACGAGCACACUGUACGAUAGUCUACACGUUAUGA